AUGGAUUGUUCGGGCAUAGUCGCUGAUAUCCAUUCGUCAGUUAAACGUUUAAAAAUCGAUGAUGCAGUAUAUGGUAAUAUGGGCUAUGGAAAUGCCUUUGCUGAGUACGUCCAUGGUGAUGAAUCAUUAUUUGCAUUGAAACCAACAAAUCUAUCGUUUACUGAAGCAGCAGCUGUAUCAUUAGCUGUUGAAACAGCUGAUGUAGCAUUUUUUGAACAAGGCAAAUCACACGAGAUUUAA